UCUGGCCCGCCCUCAAGAGAGGCUGCAAGCUCGUGAGGGGGGAGGGAUGGGCGCACACAGCCGCACACUCCCAUGUGGGGAAGCUGCCUGCCCAUGCCUCUGUCGUUUCUUCAGGUCUGUGUGACCGACAACAAUCGCCCCGAGAGCAAGUGUCCGCAUCUCCAACGGCUGGACACAGAGUACGCGGGUAAGGAGGCCAACGAGGCGGCGGCGAUGCGGCGCGGGCAGCCAGCUGGGGCAUCGCCGUCAUCGGCUGUCGGGCGUCAGCAGUCUCGGGUGGUCGCGUCGCCAGGGGCGGACGCGGCACCUGAUGACCAUGAUGAGGACUACGUGGACGACGAGGAGGUGCGUUCGGAGGAGAGCAGCGAGGCGAGCGACGAGGACACCUUCGAUGGUGAGGGCGGCGGGGGGGCGCGGGAGGGGAGGGCUGGCGAGAGGGGCGUGGUCGGCGGGAGGCCUGCGUCCCAGGAGGGCAUGCGGCAAGAGGCUCUCAAGACACUCAUCGAGGUCAGCAGCACUCCGGCUCAGGGUGGACCGUGUCAUAUAUGGGACACCCUGGGCCGUCUCCCACUUAUCCGAGGCCCGUGUUGAGAUACGUUAACUCAUAGCGCAACGGCAGGCAGAGUCUGGC